CUUUAGCCAGACUGCCGGUCUACCAGUCUGCCAGUGCAUUCAGUCUCGCUUAAGCCUUGUUGCAGGGCAGUGUGUCUUCGGCUUGGACAGCAGUGAAUUCGCUUGGAUCGAAAUCCCUUCAGCUCACCACAUUUGCAUGUCACCCUUCAUUUAUUUUGUUCUCUUCCAUACUUGAAAGUCAUGUUGCUCCUUGUUUCUCAAAACGCACUGCUUCUUCUUUCCUUUAUUUUCUUUCAAAUUAGUCGCAUGUCCGUCUUCCAAUGUCUGAAUAGAAUUCUCUUUUGAGAUACUUCUCUGUUGCUCGUUCCCUCUGAAUAAAAAAAAUUAAUUAUUCGCUCUUCUCAGCAAUAAUAGCUCUCCUCCUCUUAUCAUCCUUCCCUCUGCUAAUCACCUUCCAAAGUGGUUUUCUUUUCCAGCGCACAAGAGCGUACAGUAUCAGGUAAACCCCACUUCCUUCCCUGUCAUGGAGAAAGAAGACUUACAUGCCACAUUUUUUGGAAGCAUUACGUCGCUUUCCUCCAACAACCUUAGGGAUGGCGAUUUCUUAAACAGAACGUCAUCGACGAUCUUGACGAUUCCUUCUCCAAUGAAGUCAAUCACUGUGCGUGAGGAUGUCUUAGACAGAGUACCGACGACGACACAGCUGGAUGUAAACUGGAAUGACACUGCCGACACGGCGAUACUUGCUCCUUCGCCGGAAGCAACUGUCUUGGGAGGGAGCCUUGGAACAACGGGGAAGCAGUACAUGAAGACAGGGAGAGAAAAUUGGAUGAUUCUGCUGACUUUGAGAUUGUGCGAAAAGGUCCUCAUGACUUCACAUUUCAAGAAAUAUGGUCAAAUGUAUGCAUCAUUUGCAGAUGACGCCACCUCCCUAGCAAAGAGACCGCAUUCGACUCCGAUGAAGAAUCCAAAGCUCAGAACGAGGACCUACCGAUUGAGAUGCUGCUUGGGGAGAAUGAGGAGGCAGGAGUCUCACCUCCCAAAGCAGCCACGGAGGAAGCCGAAGUUAGAAUUUGCUCGAGCAUGGCUGAUGAACUUCCUCACCCUCCAUGGACAGCAUUCACCAUGCCCAACCAAGAAGAUACACGUCCAAGGAUUCACGAUCAAGCAACUUUAUCGACACAUGCAGGAAAGCUGCGUUGCUAAGGGAUGCCUGAAAGAGAACCUUCUCAAAUACGUCCGUUUCACUUCUCUCGUGAAGGACAUGAACAUCUCAAUCGCCAAGCCAAACGCCUUCCUGAGUUGUGGUACAUGGAGAGCUGUGACUGGGGAAGCCCGAAGAGACCUAGAAGGUCUUCGUGAAAGGCAUUUGAAGAUGGCUGAGUUCCAGCGAUCCAACUACACACAUCACAAGGUUCUGACUCUGGAGAAUGGUGAUUGGGUUGCAAUGGUUGUAGAUGGGAUGGACCAGAAGAAAACAAAUCUUCCUCGGUUCGUCCAAGAAGACAAGCAUACGAAUAGCUUGCCAAAGCUUGUCACUCAUAUUGAAGAUUUGAUGACGUGUCUGCAAGAGAUUAAAAGAGGAAGACCUGAAAAUCUUCAUGCUGAAGAAUUGAAUGUCGUCCACAACUUCAAGACUGUCAUCCAGGAUCAUUUUCCACGUCAUUUUCGUGGACAGACCAAACCUCAUUCAUUCCGAUUCAGGAAAUCCAAAGGAAUCACACAAAUGCACAUUCGAUUGCAUGCUGGAGAAGCCUGGUGCCCCAAUGAGCAUGACAUUCAAUACAUCAGGGAGUGCCUUGGCCCAGACCUUGGAUAUGUAUGUCUACAGACGACUCCAGUACUCAAUGCAUGCGGUGUUCUGGUGCCUCCUGAUUGGAAUGCAGCUGGACUAGAGGUGGUGAGGGCAUCCAUCCAAAAUUACUUCCUAGAAAUGUCUGAAGACAAAGUCCACGCUUGGCAUGUGUUUUCUCCAGACACCCAGCAAUCCAUGGAACCAGUACUGUACCUUCUAAAGCUGAGAGACUACAAUAACACUUCAACUGAACAACCUGCCGGCAUAACUCCAACUAUGCAAUCCUACCUGGCGAACAUAAAAAGUCAGAUGCUCGGACCAUUGCAAGAGCCCAUCAUCGUUUCCAUUGGCAGUCAGAGACUGGGCAUAUGUGCUGGGACCAGCGACCUUCAUCCGGGGAUGUUGGCAGUCGUCUAUGCAGAGGAGAAAACCGUCUCCAGGCCCUUUGGAAAAGUGCUGAAGUCGGGAAGGAAGAUGGCGGCGGGAUCUUACGAAGCCGAUCGUCCAAUGGAUGAAGAUUGGGCUCCCCUCAUCCUUCAAUUCUGUGCAAAAGCUGGACUAGAGGUGGUGAGGGCAUCCAUCCAAAAUUACUUCCCAGAAAUGUCUGAAGACAAAGUCCACGCUUGGCAUGUGUUUUCUCCAGAUACCCAGCAAUCCAUGGAACCAGUAUUGUACCUUCUAAAGCUGAGAGUCUACAAGAACACUUCAACUGAACAACCUGCCGGCAUAACUCCAACCAUGCAAUCCUACCUGGCGAACAUGAAAAGUCAGAUGCUCGGACCAUUGCAACAGCGUCUCCAGGCCCUUUGGAAAAGUGCUGAAGUCGGGAAGGAAGAAGGGGGCGGGAUCUUACGAAGCCGAUCGUCCAAUGGAUGA